GUUUUGUGUCUCUCUCAUUCUUCACCAGCUCAGCACGCAGAGGAGCAGAAGCCUAAGCCUUGGCUCUUCGUCUUGAAACUAAUUGCAUUCAACUUAUCAUUUUCUUUUUACUUUUUUUUCCUUGCUUUCGUUUUUAUAAUUAAAUGGAAAUGAAAGAGUGAAAGAAAUUGAGUUUAUUUUCGCUUACCAUUCCUCAAGCCAAAGUUUUUGUCUUCCGUUCUGUCGUUGCUCGUUAGAAUUAUGGCGAGAGGGUUGAAGAAACACUUGAAGAGGCUCAAUGCUCCAAAACACUGGAUGCUUGACAAGCUUGGUGGGGCCUUUGCACCGAAGCCAUCAUCUGGACCCCACAAGUCCAGGGAGUGUCUUCCUUUGAUCCUCAUCCUACGGAACAGGCUAAAGUAUGCUCUAACAUAUAGAGAAGUUAUUGCCAUCUUGAUGCAGCGCCAUGUUCUUGUUGAUGGCAAGGUUAGGACAGACAAGACAUACCCUGCUGGUUUCAUGGAUGUUGUUUCUAUUCCCAAAACAAACGAAAAUUUCCGUCUACUGUAUGACACAAAAGGUCGAUUCCGUCUCCACUCUGUAAGGGACGAAGAGUCAAAGUUUAAGCUCUGCAAGGUUCGAUCUGUUCAAUUUGGGCAAAAGGGCAUCCCUUAUUUGAACACAUAUGACGGCCGUACCAUCCGCUAUCCUGACCCACUAAUCAAGGCCAAUGACACCAUCAAGCUGGACCUUGAAAGCAACAAGAUCACUGAUUUCAUUAAAUUCGAUGUGGGGAAUGUUGUUAUGGUCACGGGCGGAAGGAACAGAGGCCGGGUCGGUGUCAUCAAGAACAGAGAAAAGCACAAGGGAAGCUUUGAGACCAUCCAUGUCCAGGAUGCAACUGGUCAUGAGUUUGCAACUCGUAUGGGUAAUGUCUUCAUUAUUGGCAAAGGAACAAAGCCUUGGGUGUCUCUUCCCAAAGGCAAGGGUAUCAAGUUGUCUAUCAUUGAGGAGGCUAGAAAGAGGCUUGCUGCACAAAAGGAAACUGUUGCCUAAAUUUGAUUAAAUGAUUUGGUGGUAAAGUUUAGCUAUUUUAUCUCUUCGGCUGUCUGAGCAUAGGAUUUUUGGUGAAAUGACUGAGCAUAGUUGUGUCAAACAUAAUAUUACAAUUUUGAGCUGUUGAUUUCAGUUUUCAUUACCUUAUGAUUAUUAAUAUUAUGGUGACAUUGAUUUUUUUAGGGGGUAAAAAUUACUUUACUUCCCUAAUCUUUUACUUUAGUUGCAA